GUAAACUAAGUCGUGGUUUGUAACACGAAUAUAGGCCCACCGCUGGAAUGUGAGGGCGAUGGCCGCCACUAACUCGUGCGAGUCAAACUUUCGGACACUUUGGGAGCGCGGAGCAUCAUGUCGAGGAGAGGAAAGUAUGUCUGCUGUUCAAAAAUGGAGAGCUGUCCUCCGGUCCGCUGAGCUGAGAUAAAGAUGGGAGCCAGCGCUUCACUGUCACUCUGUAGUGAUGCAACUUCAGUGAGAGUCCUAAGGUCCAGCGCUAAGGUCAGCCCAGAGCCCGUUAUUCCCACGCUGGUUUCAGAGCCUGAACUGACGCCCAGGUGUGUGUUUGGUGUUGCUUUGGAAACACUGCAAAUGCACGGACAGAUGGUCCGCGGAAUACCCAUCGUACUGAAGGACAUGGUGGAGUUCCUGGAUAGGAAUGGGUUGCACCAUAGAGGUCUGUUUCGCCUGUGUGGGUCUGUUGCACGAACCAGGCAGCUGAGGCAGCGGUGGGACCACGGAGAGCGGGUUGACCUGGAGCUUGAGGGAGAUGUUCCCACAGUGGCCUCACUCCUCAAACUCUUCCUACGGGAGCUGCCUGUCCCCAUAGUUCCCGAACCCCAGAGGAAACAGCUUGUUCUGAGUCUGACAGGAUCUGCGGAUGUGGCGGAGAUGAAUCAGAGUCUGAGAGAAAACCUUUGCCACUUCCCCGAUAUCAACAUCACUGUUUUGUCCUACCUCAUCUGCUUUUUGUCCAGAGUGGCUGCUCACAGUCAGUCAAACCAUAUGCCUGUGGAAAACCUGGCCACUAUCUUUGGGCCCUGCAUCUUCCACGUACCAACAGGACCCAAGAUGCUGGAGGAGCAGAGUGUGUGUAACGCCCUGUUGCUGCAUCUUCUGAGGAACCACAUUGCUCUGCUGCCUGUCCAGACAGAGAACUCAGUGGAUGGAUCACUCGCCUCCUCUUCGCCCCCACCUCCCUCUCUCUCCUCUCUUUCACAUUUUGAGGUCGAACCCAGCAGCUGUCGGCCGGAGCGCAGCGGCGUGGGCCGGCCGGAGGAACUGGCUGCCUCAGCGACAGCAGUUAACACCUUCGAACAAGCAACACAGAUUCAGCCUGCAAUCAACAGCCCUGACACACCGGUGCAGGCUUGUGAAACCAGCUCUGACGUCAGCGCUGACAUUCACAGGCUGAUUUCAGACCAGAGGGCUCUGGAGGAAAGCGGUGAAACCUUGGAGACCGGCUGUGUGCUCUUUUGCCCCGCUGACCCGGGGCCAGAGCAACAUUUGCCGAGCACAUUAUCUCAGAGUGUCCAGAGGGAGCCGCUGCAGAUGGAUUGUACCACCCAAGGGACAUACUUACAACUCAGUUCCACACCAAAAAAGAGAAACAACGAAGAAAGAGACUUGGAAAACGACAGAGAGACACCAUUCUUGUCCAUCACAGAUUACUUUUCCACGGCUUCGACUGAUCCAGUGCAUACCUCAGACUGCUAUAAAGCAAAUGAAGAAAGCCAAAUCCGAACACAGAGCGAGCGCACAAGAAGUGCACCAUGCUUCAGAGAGUACAGAGACAAGGCAAAUGACAAAACCAAAGAGUCGGACUCGAAGAGCCCCUCCCUCAAGCUACAAGCCCUAGAAGCCGACUCGGGACCACCGCCAGCUCCAGCGGACCCCCAAGCUCAAGGUAGCCUCCCGGCUCUGCAACAGCCUCUGACUGCUGAAACACAGAGCCUGUGUUUGAGCCACAAGCUGCUCCUCCAGUCGCCGCCAUCACCACCUGCUCAGGGUCAGCGCACAGCCGACUCCCCGCAGCCUGUACAAAUGUCGUCUCCACCUCUAUCCGACUGCAGUCCUGUCCUCUCUGCGUACUGUGAUGGAUUGUCUGGAGAGGACACCCUGCCGAGCCCACCGGGGCCCAACGCCAGCCCGCUUCUCUCGCGUUUUAUGACGGCUGACUGUCCCAUUCCGUCUCCUCGCUGUCCCAGCCUCACCCACAGCCAGCGCUACAACCUGGACCCCGACGCAGCGCCGUCCCCGCCGUGCUCGCAGCACAUCCGCAUGGCUCGCUUUGGUGUCCUUUCUGAGCCAGACGAAGGCUCUGUGUCCAUCUCAAUGCUCCACAGACACAUCCACAUGUUGAGGAAGAGGAUCAGACGUUUCGAGGAGCGUUUUGAACAGGAGAAGCACUAUAAGCCGGCCCAUAAUGACAAGACAGCGCAUCCAGAAGUGGCCAGACUGAUGAAGGAGCUCCUCAAGAGCCGCAAGCAGCUGAAAGAAAUGAAACUGAGACAGUCAGAAGAAUGGGGUCAGAAGCGUCUCAGCACCUCUGCUGGAUCAUGCAGGACCAUUGUAGACCAGCGGGAGGCAGUCCUGACAGAAACCGAGCUGCAGCAGCUUAACAACAACAGCAACAGCAACGCCAAACCAAAUGUGGAGGACACAGCCAACACUAUAACUAACAGGAUAAAGGAGCGGAGGAGAGAGCUGGGGCUGCCUGACAGCAUCAAGGAGAUGUCCCAUUUCCAGAUGAGCAUGGAGAAAACCAACUUGCAGAAGUGUUUGCUUUACUUUGAGAGUUUGCAUGGGCGGCCGAGCACGAGACAGGAGCGAACUUUGAUGAAACCCUUCUACGAUCGCUAUCGUCUCCUCAAGCAGCUGCUUUCUUCAGCAACCACAGCUGUCAUCACAACUAUUGAGGAAGAGGACGGCUCUGAUGAUGAACGCCCCAGACAGCAGCAGCAGCAGCCUCUUCGGUUAAAAAUUCCUCCGUGUGUUUCCUCAGAGGAAUCGCAAAGUCUGUCCAGCCUCGAAAUGUCUGAAACGCCUCUGGUGUCUCCGCUAGAAGAGGUGAGGAGUCUUCAGCCUCAGAUUAUCACCAUGGCAACGCUACACGAGGCUUCCAGAUCAGAAUUACUGGAUCACCUCAGGACGGUUCGAUCAGAGAAGCGGAGACUUCACCAGGCGCUGCGGGAGUUUGAGGCUCAUUUCCAGACACAGACUGGCCGGGCUUGUCAGAAGGAGGACCGGGGACCAAUGGCGGAGGAGUACUGCCAGUACAAGAGCCUCAAAGCGAAGCUCCGUCUGCUCGAGGCCCUGCUCAGUAAACAACACGACUCAACCAAGACAAGUUGAGCUGCUCACAGUGGAACUUCCUUUCAACUUAACAGGACUUGAUCCUAUCUGGAAAAAAAAAGGGUCUUGUUUCAUGCCAUGCUCGUUAAAGUAGAUGCACUUUACAAGAAGAGAGUGGAUGGACGUCAAUGACAGUCUGAGUGGAGAAGGCUGAAUUACUGCAUCCUAACCAUUCAUGACUCAUCCUACUGAAAACUUGAUGUAGCAAGUGUGUGUGUUAUUUAGCACAAAUUUAUAUCAGGGAUGAAUGCGCUUUAACACCCUGUUCGAUUCAUUUUAAGAAUACUUCGUGUGUAAUUAUGGCACUUUUUUUUUUUUUUUUUUGCUCGCUUUUCCUUUCCAAAAUACUGCUGUUUGGAAAACUAUCUCCAUAUUUGAUGUGAAAACUGCAUCAUAUGUAUAUUUUUUUUAAAAAAUGCUAUCUUCGCAAAAAAAAAAAAAAAAAAAAAAUGGUUAAGCUAAAAUGCAAUCAGUGAGACAAUCCUGCAGUGUUUGUGCAAGUCUGUAUUUUAGUCCUACAUUGUGCUAUGAUAUGCAUCAAGGAUUUCAUAGUUGAUCUAAAUUGUGACCAUUCGAUUUACAUGUUCGCCUGGGAAUAUAAGUAAAUGUUUGGUGAACGCAGGCAUGAUAGUGCAACUUCUAACUGCUGUUGGAUUUGUGUUCACCCUCCUUUUUGCCUGUGUGAAGUAUAAUCCCCCCUAAAUGCCGUUGUUGACAAUGUUCAGAGCUUUUGACAUUGUGCACUUCUGGUUUAUAUAGUUUUUUAUAUAGCUAUCUAUAUAUAUCUAUAUAUAUAUAUAUGAAUGUAUCAA